AUCAAGAAGCGCCGCUUGCCUGGAGACUGGAUAACUCAGAAAAGGUAUUUUAUUAAUGGGAAAGAGAUGCCCUGUAUUAUGGACCUGAGUAUUCCAGGUACUGAAAUGUAGUAAGAAGACAUUAUGUUGGAUAACAGGAAGAACUAUAGAGUUUGCAGGUGUCAACUGUGGCCUUAAUAGACACAUUGAUAGCAUCAAUGCCAGACAGAUGAAAUUUAUUUCUGGAUAUUUUUCCAUAAAGGUUCUUCAUUUGAGAACCAGCCCUUUCACAUUUCUCCAUAAUAUAUCAAAACUUCUUACCCAUCCUUAUUUCCCAUAUCCUUUUAGAAUACUUAGGUCAGGCACAUGUGGCUGGUGGCUGUCAUAUUGACAUUGCAGUCCUGGAAGAUGGAGAGAGCUAUGACACAAUAAAUUUAAUUAAAAGGUCCUAUUACUGCUGGAUUGUGCAAGAUAUUUAACCCUAUUUUCUUUGAGUUAUGACUUAAAUAUCAAACAUCUUAAAUAAGAAAAGGGAAACAUUUUAGUUUUGGAAGUCAGAAUGCCGAGGAGAAGGAAAAAUCUUGGGGGAUGUCCUUUUCGGAAGAUUGCAAACUCUAAGGAAGUUGUAUCCAGUGUUGCUAGUCAUGAGGAGCCAACCACUACUCUUCCUUCCAUGUAUGAGACAAAAGUUGAUCAGGAAGAACUCUUCACCAGUAUCUCAGAGAUGUUUUCUGAUCUGGAUCCUGAUGUAGUGUAUUUGAUGCUUUCUGAAUGUGAUUUCAAAGUUGAAAAUGCCAUGGAUUGUCUAUUAGAAUUAUCAGCCACUGAUGCUAAGAUAGAAGAAUCAUCUUCAAAAAGCUUCAUUGCCUCUGAUACCCAAGUAAAUGCAGUGGGAUGUGAAAUAAUGGAAAAGUGUCCUCCUGAAGAAGAGAGUGAAGAUUCAAAAAUGGAUUCAUUUUUGGACAUGCAGCUAACUGAAGACUUAGAUUCCUUAAUACAGAAUGCUUUUGAGAAAUUGAACUCUUCUCCUGAUGACCAAGCAUACUCAUUUUUUCCUUUGCAAGAUGUUAAUAAUUUUAGUGACCCGAGUGCAUUUAUACAUUCAGAAUCAAGUAGUACAACUCCCAUUCUUUCUACCCAAAAUAUGGAUUUGAGCAGUGAAAAUGUGGAGAGUUCUGCCUCUACGUUAAGUUCAAAUCCCUUAACUUCACGUUCAGUUUCAAAUGAGUCCAAAAGUUUUACAAAGGAUAACACAUUGGCAUUGAAAGAUUCUCUUCUCAGUACUUCUUUAAAUGUUACAAAUGACACCAUGGUGGAUUGUAGCAACCAAGUUCAGAAAGAGCUUUUAGAAUCUGAGGGUUUUGAGACUCAGUUCUCUCAAGCCCCUGUAGAUUUGGAUGCCAGUGAACUUCAGCCUCCUUUAAACCUUACUGUGCAAAAUCCGGGGCUUGGUUUACUAGGUACAGGUGGUGAUCAGAAGUCUGCUUCUGUCCCUGAUGUUUUUGUACCUUCUGAAGAAUUCAGUUUCCAGUCACACAGACAUACUGAACUGCCACCAAAGGGGAAGGAUAUGAAUUACUGCCCAGUACUUACCCCUCUCCCUCUACUGCUGCCUCCUCCUCCCCCUCCACCAAUGUGGAAUCCAAUGAUUCCUGCUUUUGACCUCUUUCAAGGAAAUCAUGGCUUUGUAGCUCCUGUUGUAACCACAACUGCACGCUGGAGACCUGUCAACUAUACAUUUCCACCCCCGGUUAUUUCUCAUACUUCCUCAACAAAGGCAUGGAGAAAUAAAGACGCAACCAGUGCUUAUCAGGUACAAGAAACUCCAGUUUCUCAGGUUGUAAGAAAGAAGACAUCAUCUUAUGUUGGACUAGUUCUUGUUCUUCUCAGAGGGCUUCCGGGAUCAGGAAAAUCUUUUUUAGCAAGGACUUUGCAAGAGGAUAAUCCGAGUGGAGUCAUUCUUAGUACCGAUGAUUAUUUUUACAUAAAUGGGCAAUACCAGUUUGAUGUAAAAUACUUAGGAGAAGCACAUGAAUGGAACCAGAAUCGUGCAAAAGAAGCAUUUGAGAAGAAGGUAUCUCCUAUAAUAAUAGAUAAUACAAACCUACAGGCGUGGGAAAUGAAGCCAUAUGUUGCUUUGUCUCAAAAACAUAAAUAUAAAGUCCUUUUCCGGGAACCGGAUACAUGGUGGAAAUUCAAACCAAAGGAACUUGCAAGGCGUAAUAUUCAUGGGGUAAGCAAAGAAAAAAUAACAAGAAUGUUGGAACACUAUCAACGUUUUGUUUCAGUGCCAAUAAUCAUGAGUUCUUCAGUUCCAGAGAAAAUUGAACGUAUUGAGUUAUGUGCAUAUUCUUGUGACAGAAGUACUAGCCCAAGAGACAAUGAAGAUAUUACCUCUGAAAAAGAAGAAAAUGUUUUAUCCUCAUCUUUGAAGCAUCCAGAGUUAAUUGCAGAGAAGAAACAUGACACGACCAAAGAAAAUUUGUUACCUGAGAAUGCUACAUAUCUCCCUAAUGCAGAUUUAAACAACGGAAAAAAAGAAAUAAGUGGUAUGAAUCCUAACAUUCAGAAUGUGUUCGUUCAGGAAGCUGCGGACACUUACUUUUCUGAUUCCGAAAGCAGAGUACAGGUAACAGACAAAAGUGAAAAAGAAGAACCAGUAGAAAUGGCUCCUGAAAAAGAGUGUAGUGAAACCAUUGCAGAUAGUUUUGUAGAGAGAAUAUCACCAAAUAUUUGCUAUGGUGAAAAUAAUCAAGAAGACUGUGGUAUUUCAAAUACUGUACCACUUCAAAAUGAGAAAUCUUCACCUAGUGAAAUGUUGGAAGACAGAGCAGUAGUAAAGAAAAAAGCCUUUGGAAAACCAAAAAGCAAAUCAACUUCGGAAAAGUUCCCAAGACAGGAGCUGUCUUUUGUUGGUGACUGGCCAGUUGAUAAGACUAUUGGUCAGAGGACAAAAAGGAACCGAAAAACUGAAAAAGCUUCAUCUAUACAAAGUGACAAAAAGUAUAAUUGCCCCCAGUCACAUAAAGUAUUAGAUGAUAGCUUAUCUGUGAGUAUAGAUUGUAUCCAGCCACAAAGACCUCCACUUGAAACCAUAGUGGAUGACAAGUUGCAGUGUGCUGAUGCCUCAGAAUCUUUCAGUAGCUGUGAACAUGACGCUUCUAAAAGUACCGAAAAAGACUCAUUCCACAUCGCGGGCGACCGGCCCUCAUCUGAUUCUUUAGCUCAGAGAGAGCACAGAUCAAGAAUGCCAAAGGCUAGCUCAAAUGAACCCAGCCUAGAAUUUGGAACUAACAACAGUAUGAAUGAAAUAUCUUUGUACACAGCAUGUGAGGCCUACUGGGGCACAAGCCCUGAAGAACUAAAAAUGUUGGGUAGUUCUACUCGAGGAAGUUCUGAAAUGCUGCCCAGUGAAGUGACCUGUGAGAAGACUUGUCCAAGUGAAAAGAUUCAUAGGCAACACACAAUGUCUCUUCCUUUUACUAAUAGUGUGCCAGCUGUUCCUGGAGGAGCAAGACCACAGGCUUCAGCUGAAUUUCGAGAAGAAAAGACUAAAGAAGUCCCUGGAAUAGAAGUAGGAGUGUGUACCCAGACUGAACCACAGGAUUUUGCUCUCUUAUGGAAAAUAGAAAAGAACAAAAUUAGUGUUUCAGAUUCUCUGAGAGUAUUAACAGGAAGAUUAGAUGGAUUUAAACCAAAAGCUUUCAGUGUUAACACAAAAUUAGAUGUUCAGGAAACAAUUCCAUAUAGGGUGAUGUAUGACAAAAGCACGUAUGUUGAAGAAAGUGAGCUUACCAGUGCUGAUGAAUCUGAAAAUCUUAAUAUUCUUUGUAAAUUAUUUGGAUCUUUUUCAUUAGAAGCCCUAAAAGACUUAUAUGAGAGGUGUAACAAAGAUAUUAUUUGGGCCACAAGCCUUUUAUUGGAUUCUGAAACCAAAUUAUGUGAGGAUACUGAAUUUGAGAAUAUAAAAAAGUCCUAUGAUGAAGCACAAAUUGGGCCAUUUUCUCUGGGACUGAAUUUGAAGGAAAUUAUUAGCCAAAGAGGGAGCUUAGAGGAUUCUAAUUCUUCUGUGCCAGAGUUUAGCCAUGGAAUCGGUAUCAGUAACACUAAUGUACAGUCUACCUGUAAUUCAGAAAAGGAAAACUUAGAGCAGGCAGAAAUAAGAGCUAUAACUACUGAAAAACCUGGAUUAAUAACGAGUAUAUUUCCUAAUGUAGAUGUACAGAAUAGUAAUGGAGUAUUUCCUAAUAGUCAGGCAGAACUUUCAGGUUUAUAUAAUGUUAAGCAGUUUUUUCCAGGUACUCUAAAAGCUACUGCCACUAAAAAUGUGAGUGAAGCGGAGAAGAAUCCAGAAGUCACUGAAAUUGGAGACAGUAUACAUUCUUCUGUGAAUUUGGCUGAUAUUUUAAACUCUGUAUCGGGCACUUCAAAUCUUGAAUUAUACGAAGAAACUUAUUUUACUGACUCUUUUGAAAUAAAUAAAAGUGAAAAUCUUCCAAAGGAUUAUGUGAAAUUUCCAAAGACAGAAGAAUUUAUGAAUGAAGAUGAACAGGAAAUGGAAAAAAUUCUAAUGGCAGGGAGUACUUUGUCAGCUGGAGUUACUGAAGAAGAUAAAACUGAGACUUUGAAUUCCACACCAGUGAUGGCCAAAUCUCUGACCAUAGACUGUCUGGAAUUGGCAUUACCCCCUGAACUGGCUUUUCAGCUCAAUGAAUUAUUUGGCCCUGUUGGUAUUGAUUCAGGGUCCCUAACAGUUGAAGAUUGUGUGGUUCAUAUAGAUCUGAAUCUGGCUAAAGUGAUUCAUGAAAAAUGGAAAGAAUCUGUAAUGGAGCGACAAAGACAGGAAGAGGUUUCCUGUGGCAAAUUAAUGCAAGAUCCUUCCCUGGUUGGGCAUGUUGGUCUUGAUUGUCCAGAACAAAAAUCGUCUCAGAGAACAGGCAAAAAAUUACUGAAGACUUUAGCGGCACCUGAAAUGCUACCCUUAUUGGAUCAUUGGAACACUCAAACUAAAAAAGUAUCACUCAGAGAAAUAAUGUCAGAAGAAAUUGCCUUACAGGAAAAGCAUGAUUUGAAAAGGGAGCCGCUUAUGUUUGAAAAAGAUUGUGCCACUAAACUGAAGGAGAAGCAGCUCUUUAAGAUAUUUCCAGCCAUUAACCAAAAUUUUCUGGUGGACAUUUUCAAGGACCACAACUAUUCAUUAGAACACACAGUGCAAUUUCUAAAUUGUGUUCUUGAAGGAGACCCUGUAAAAACAGUGGUAGCACAAGAGUUUGUUCACCAAAAUGAGAAUGUCACUUCUCAUACUGCACAGAAGUCUAAGGAGAAAAAGGCAAAGAAGUUGAAAGAAACUGACGAUAUACCAAGUGAACCAUCUUUCCAGGAUUUUGAGUACCCAGAGUAUGAUGACUACAGGGCAGAGGCUUUCCUGCACCAGCAGAAGAGGAUAGAAUGCUAUAGCAAGGCAAAAGAAGCUUAUCGGAUGGGGAAGAAAAACGUUGCCACGUUUUAUGCCCAGCAAGGUAGUCUCCAUGAACAGAAGAUGAAAGAAGCCAAUCACCUUGCUGCCGUGGAGAUCUUUGAGAAAGUCAAUGCCUCUCUGCUGCCACAGAAUGUUUUAGACCUCCAUGGGCUGCAUGUGGAUGAGGCUAUAGAACAUUUGACGACAGUUUUACAGCAGAAAACUGAAGAAUUUAAGCAAAGUGGUGGUAAGCCCUAUCUCUCUGUGAUUACGGGGAGAGGAAACCACAGCCAGGGAGGAGUUGCUCGCAUCAAACCAGCUGUCAUUAAAUACCUCACAAGCCAUAGCUUCAGGUUCUCUGAAAUUAAACCAGGGUGCUUGAAAGUCAUGCUAAAGUAAAAUAAACAUCUUUGACUUAAAAGUGUGAAGGCUUAUAGGUUAAAAUUAGUUUUAUUUGCAGUAAUUUAGUCAAUUUUACUGUAAAUGUGUGUAUAAUGUAUUUAUUAGAAGUAAUGUCCAGUUAUAAAACAGAAAAACAUCAUGAUGAUGUUUUACAAAAUUCAAGAGAAGUUUAAUUUUUUUUACUGAAUCAAAUGCCAAAUAUGUUGUCUAUUAAAAGUAUUAAAGUGAAUUUUUAUUGAUUACAAGAUGUCUAAGAAAAUUAUUAGCUGCAGUUUUAAAGAUCGAAAUGCUCUAAUUCUUUCUCAGACAGAAAAUGUUACCUUUAUAUUAAUUGUUGUUUGACAUUUAGUAAAUGAGAGGUAUUUAAAGUGCUUUGAGACCUGGUUCAUGCCCUCUGAAGGCCUGUAUUUAAAAAAGAAGUACUACUAGUAAUGGAAGAAAGGAGAUCUAACAAAAAUGCUUGAGUGCUUUUGGAUUUCAAAACAAUACAAAAAUAUCAUUUUGCUGUAUCCUGUAGGAAGGAAGACAUGCUGUUGCACUUUCUUCUGCUUUGUAUGUGAUCGUGAUCUCUUAUCUCUUGUUCCUUUGUUCUAUGUAUGUACAUUUUCUAUGAGUAAAGUUGGGGUCUGAGAUUAUAUUGCAGUUUUAUAGCUUCCAUAGGCAGACAAAUUUUCAGAGGAGAAAUGGUUAGAUAUCUACCAAGUGCUGCUGUCUUCUAGAACUGCUUCUAGUCUUACAGAACUGUCUGUGUAAGUAGUAUUGAAGACAGUACUAAAGAGCUGUAUUUUAUAUUUGAGGCAUGUAAUUUCUAAACUGCAGUAAGUCAAAAUCCUAUUAAAACAGGUAUAGAAAACAUUUUUGAUACAAUCAUAAAAGAAAUUCUUACAGUUUAAAAGUUUUUUACCUUUAUUUUUAAAAAGAACCAACUUUCUGAAAGGAAACUUUCAUUGACUUCUGUUUUUUGGGGAGCUAAAAAGUCCUGUUAGUAUGUCAGUUAUAAUUUCCUUUACACAAGUUUAGUGUGGUGAAGUGUAAUUUUCCAAUAUGAGACACUGGCUUAAAUAAAUUUGACUUUGGAUAUGAAGAAUAUUUUCAACAUGUAAUUUUAGCAAACAAUUGUAUUGCAUUUUGAUAAGCUUAAAAAAUUAUUUGGAUGAGGAAUGAUAUGAUUGAGCUAUUACUGAAAGAAUCCUGAAUUUUCAGAAUAGUUUCCCAAAAGAACAGACAUUUUAAUGAAAAUAAAAUUCAGAAACAUGUUUUUAUAUAUCACGAAAGCAUGCUUGUAAAAAAGAGCCAUAUCAUUGAAUUUAUGUCCACGAAAAGAAAAAUAUAUGUUUAUUACUUAGAAAUAGUGACUGGUAUUGAAGUAUUCACAUUGUUAUGUUUAUGGUAAUUUGUUAAAAAAAAGAAAAAAAUGCCAACACUUUGGCAUAUGUUUUUUGUGAUGUCUAGAAGAGUUGUAUACAUUAAAAAUAAAACAAUUCCUUUCAACAAUUUAUUAUGAAACUACAACUGUUAGUGAAAUAAAAUCUUUCUAUGUAUAAAUUGAUACGAUUUAAGAAAUGUGAAUAACAGUACUAAAACCAAGAAUUAUUUGAGUAUAUGCAGCUGAAUACUCAUUUUCUGUGUUUUUACAUUUCCUCACCGAGUUUUAAAAAAACAUCGCUUUUGAACACUUCAGCUAGACUUAUUUCAAUAUUAUUUGUUAUAAUUAUGAUUAAUGUGGGAGCAGUCAAAAUAACAAGAGGUGAGGUAUUUUGUGGGCAGAAACCAAAUGAAAGAAUCUAUGUUUUGUACUGUAUCAACUCUAAUUUUAUGUUUAUUUUGGUAAAUCUAGGGUAUUCUUUUUUUUUAGUGAAUUAUGCUUUCCCCUGAAAAUUUUUUAAUCACCUUUUUCAAGAUACAGUUUACAUACACAAUAAAAUUCACUAAUGUUAAGUUCAUGGUUAGAUGAGUUGAAAAAUGCAUACACUUGUAUAACCACUACCAAAAUCAACCUAGAGAACAUUUACAUCACCCCAAAACAUUCUCUCCUGUACCUUUUCACUCAUACGUCUACUUUCAGCUCUAGGCAACCACUAUAUCUAAUCACCAUAGAUUAACUUUACCUUUUUUAGAAUUCCCUUUAAGUGGAAGCAUAGGAUGCACAGUCUUUUGUGUCCAGCUUCUUUUACUUGGCCUAUUUUUGAGAUGCAUCCAUAUAUGAAUCAGUAGCUUCUUCCUGUUUAUUGUUAGGUAGUACUCAAUUUUAUGGAUAUACCAAAAUAUGUUUACCUAUUCACUUAUUAAUAGAUAUUUGGGGUACUUCAAGUUUACCAUUGCAAUUAAACCCUCUGUGAACAUGCAUGUAUAGUUCUUCAUGUGGGUACAAGGUUUCGUUUGUCUUGAGUGAAUACCUAGUAGUGGAAUUGCUGUAUCAUCUGUUUAAUUUUGUGAAAAACUGCCAAAUUAUUUUCUUAAGUAGUUGUACCAUUUCAUGCUUCCAGAAAUGUGUGAGAGUUCCAGAUGCUCCACAUCCUUCAUGAUUAUCAACAUUUUUUUUCCUCUGAUCUUUAUUGGAAUAUAAUUAUUUUACAGUGUUGUGCUGUUUCCACUGUACAACAAAGUGAAUCAGCUCUAUUUACACAUAUAUCCCCAUAUACCCUCCCUCUUGUGCCUCCCUCCCCUCCUCCCUAUCCCACCCCUCUAGGUCAUCACCAAGCAUUGAGUUGAUCUCCCUGUGUUAUGCAGCUGCUUCCCACUAGCUAUUUAUUUUAUAUUUGGUAGUAUAUAUAUGUCUAUGCUACUCUCUCACUUUGUCCUGGCACCCCCCCCCCCGCCCUCAGAAAAAAAAAAACAAACAUUGUCUACAUCUGCGUCUUUAUUCUUGUCCUGCUAGGGUAUUUCUUCUUAAUCACCGUUCAUAAAUAUAUAGGCAAAUUUUGAGCAUCAUAAAUGUUUUUAUGAAGUUGUUUAGUACCAAACUGCCUCUUACCCCACUAUCUAGCAUAAUUUAAGCAACACAUACUUAUGAAAGAAAAUUUGCCCCAUCUUGUCUAUUUCUAAAUCCUAUAUGCCAGAGAUAUACAGAGUUUGAGGAUUAUAUUUUUCUCUUUUGCCCAUUUCUAAAUCCUGUGUGUCAAAACUAACGAUAAUGUGGGGAUUAUCAAAGUUUUCAUGUAUGUGUUGGUAUAUUUGUGCUAAUAAAUGACUUAUUAGAAUGGAUUUUUGCAAAGCUAUUAAUAUUUUAGAAGUGUAACACUUCUGUAAUUUGGAAGAGUUUAGUAACAGUUAUAUUCUUUCAAUAGUCUCUUACCAGUAUCUACCAGGGAAAAAAGAGAACUAAUGUGGAAACCACAGGGAAAGUAGACUUGGACUGAGGGGACUCUUAAUAGUAUUUUCAACUAUUCAUUUCCUUCCUUCAACAUGGAGAAAUGGAAGCAUUGUUGUGUUACAUUUAUUGGCUGUUCAUAUAGCUCUAUAUUAUUUUCAAGUUAAGGUUUCUUCAAUUUAUUAAUGCUUUAAUACUGCUUGCAAUCCUCUGGCCUUUAAAUGUAGGACAUAUUGUAAAGUAAAAUCCUGACUUUUAAAGUGUCUGUGUAUUAUAACACAUUUUGAGAAGAAAAGCUAAAUAAUUCUGUUGGAUUGUUGCCAAUCUUUUAUUUUGGUCUUUUUCUUUUUAAAUUCAAGUGUUUUGUAUGCUUAGAAAAAGGACAUGUAUAAUAGCAAGAUUGGUUAUUUGGUUAUUUCUGAGAUGGAAAUUAGAAACUUUGAAACUCAGGAAAUUGCUCUGACAAUGUUUUAACUGCUCUCAAUUUAAGAAAAUGACAAAAUGUAUAAAAAAGACACAGAAACAAUGUGUGCUGUUUUUUCCAAGUGUUUUUUCCAAGUGCUUUUCCAUUGUGCAAUAGAGGUGAAGUUUGAUAAUUUUUCUGUGUAGUGGUUAAAUAUUGCUUAUUUUUAUUUACAUGGUAAAGAAAACAGAUUUAAGUGUUUGUGUGGCCAAAAAAAAUUGUCAUUUAAAAGAUAAAGUAAGUUUAUGUAGAAUGUAUGUUAAUGGUGCUUAUUUUUAAAAUGUAAUUCAAGUUUACAGUGUUACUUAAUGUCUCUUGGCAGAAUUUAUUAGAGAAAUAAGGCUAGAAUACAUCUACAUCCCGAAGAGCUUUUGAUAACUUCACAUUAUAUGAUGACAAAUUUUAUUUUCUUUAAAGUUGAGCAAUUGACUUUUAUGGUCCAAAUGAUGAACCCGUUAUUAACAAAUGACUGAAUUAACCAUUCUCAUUACAAUAUAAUAUUGCAGCUGUCACUUGGUGAAUAUAUUAUACAAUUUUCAGACAGUAUGUCAGAAAAAAAAUGCUUUUAUUUGUACUAUAAAGAAAAUGUAAUUUUGCUGUUAACUCUGUACUUUUUUAUUGAAAAUGUUUUAUAACUUUGCUUUUAAAAUUUCUUAUGAAACCAUUUGCAAAUUGCAUACUUAAUUUAAUAAAAUACUUUAACCACUGUCCAGUAUGAGGAUAUCCUUCAUUUGAUGUGGUAGGGUUAGUGGUUUAAAUAUUAAAAUAUAUUUUUAUAUGUAACUUUGUAAUUUCAAGGGAAAAGGAUAAAAAAAUUUUCAUU